AUAACCCGUAUUUGUUCGGUAAAAUUUAUCAACUCCGUAAUUUCCCAUUUUUCUUUCUAAGAAAAGAAAAGAAAGAACAAAAGUAACAGAGGAAAGGGAAAGAGGACGCUGUUCAUCCCUCCGGCCUUAUUGAUUAGUACAUUUUCCGGCAAGCAGCCAUGGAGAACGCAGCCGAACCACCGCCGCCGUCGACGCCGCCCGCCACCACUCCCUCCGCCCCACCAGUUUGCAUCCACCCGCGGCGGGAACCCUUCGAGCACGGGCUUCUCCCGAUCCCCAAGCUCAUCUUCACCGACGGAACUCAAACCCUAGGCCCGAUCAAGGACAAGCUUCUCUCCAUCUCCGCCGAGACAGCGCACCGUGUCAACUCGCAAUCCAUUUCCGAGACUCUUCAGAUCUCAGCUGACCACGCGCGCCUUGUCCUCGAGACAAUUGCUGCCGUCCUGCACUCUGAAUCUGAUCCGCUCAUUUCUGCAAAUCCUUCUGAAAUUGAUUCCGUCGGCGUAAGCGUAUUUGAUUUGGUGGUGUUUCUGUACAUUCAGAGUUAUAAAAGGUUGCUCCCCAAGGGGCAUAAGGAUUCCGCUGCCGUGGCUGAUGUUUGGCCCUCCACUUCUGCCUUCGACGGUUUCUUAUCUGCCCUUUCGCCACUCCAACUAGUACGCAGCAAUAGUCGCAGGUUCAUGCCAUCACAGUCUGAUGAAGAGGCUCACCAGUUAUCAUAUUUACAGAAGCACGUGGGCAACAUUCUCUCUCUUUUGGCGGACUCAGUUGAAGGGGAUGCAGAAGAAUCACAGGUUUUAUCUAUGGAGAGAUUUGAGCAUCUUGGGUAUCUAACCUAUUUUGGAGAAAAGGGAUUUGAACGAAUUCCAUUGAGCCAAAAUGCUCCGUUUUUUGCAAAUUCUGAUCCAGACAUGCCUGCUGUUCCUGUUCCUGCAACCCAAGUUCAUGAGUGGCUUCUACAAAACAUUGCAUCUGCGUUGGAACGUAUUGCUGAGAGAGCAUCUGCCAAGGAAAAUGGUCCUACCAUUGCCUCCGAUCCGGAUAUUCAAAUGACUGAUGUCUCUACAAGUCCUGCAAAGUCCACAUUUGGUCCUCGGGGUCCUAGCUAUAUUGAGGGGAUCUCAAAAUCGUCGUAUGUAAGGCAGGCAAAUGAUCUUAAAGGUUCUUCUGUAAAAGUUGUGAACUGUCAUGAAUCAGUCAUUUAUAUACUGGCUCCUUUGAAAUAUGCCACGGUCUAUGGAUGUUCUGAUGCAACCAUUGUUCUUGGAGCUGUUGGCAAGGCAGUCAGAGUUGAACACUGUGAACGAGUGCAUGUGAUUGCGGCAGCUAAGCGCAUCUGUAUUGUCAAUUGUCGUGAAUGCGUAUUCUUUUUAGGAGUAAAUCAACAACCACUUAUUGUUGGCGACAACCAUAAAUUACAGGUGGCUCCGUUUAACACAGUUUACUCACAGCUAGAGGAGCACAUGAAUCAAGUUGGUGUCUAUCCUACUAUUAAUAGAUGGGAUGAACCUGUGGCACUUGGAGUGGUUGAUCCACAUGAUUCGCUAUCACAUCCUGCUGGUGUCUCCGAUGUUCAGACCGAGUCCGCUAACCGUUUAGACCCUGAUCAAUUCACUGAAUUUUUGAUUCCUAAUUGGUUUGAGGCUCAACAAUCUGGUCCAACAAAAGAUAACCCUUUUCCUUUGCCAGAUGCUUAUGUGGCUUCUCAGCAGAAAAGUCAAAAGAAUCUUUGUGAGAUUAAGCAACUUUUGAGGGAUACUGAGCUCGAAGAUGGCCGGAAACGGGAACUGUCAAGUGCUCUCCAUGUGCUCUUCAAGGAGUGGUUAUAUGCUUCAGGGAAUGUGAGACAACUUUACUGCUUACAAGGAGAAUAGACUUUAUGAUUUGGACUUUGGUUAUUUGCAAAUCUAGAGCUCUUGGGAUGGAUCAUCAUGGAGCCAUACGGUCGUAAACUAACUUCUUGCUCUGUAGUAUGACGAUGAUCGUUAUUACUAUUAUUAUUAUUAUUAUUAUUGUUAUUAUUAUUAUUAUUAUUUUAAUAUUAUUAUAAUUUAAAAGUAGAGCAAAAUCUUUUGUGAUUUAGUUUUGAACCUAAAGAAAUUCAAAGCAAUGCUUCUGCCCAUGCAAAGGCAAGCACAUGUGCUAAGUGAGGUCUUACCCCCCUUUUUUUCCCUCUUAUUUUCCUCUUUCUUCUUCCUCGUGUAAUUUUCUUCCCGUGUAUCUAAUAAAUCUCAACUUGGUGU